AUUUGCUCUUUCCUGCUGGUCUUAUUAGGCGCAUUAUUCCAGCCAUUCCGUCUCAAAGCUCUCACCCUCCCACUUACACCUUACACACUUACACACAUUUUCUUCCAUAGCAACCGUUGAUCGCCAACAACAUCCGUCGCGUUACAAUACCAAGUCGCCUGAUACUAUACUGAUAUCAUAAAUAUUCUACUGUACACCUAAGAGUAUUCAAAGCCACUCAAAUUAAACUGCGCAACUACUUUCGCCUCCAGUUCCUUCUCAGUUGUCGCGCGCGCAUCGCAUUGAUUCUAUUACUGCGGUCGCAAUCGCAACUCCACGACAUUUCGCCUUAGAUUAUUUUACAGCGCGCGAUCGCACGACACAUACAAACACAAAUUUCCGAAGGAAUAUUUUGGAUAACCCGUCAAGAUGUUAAUGCCUUCGGCACUUUCGUGCGACUCGUCGCACCCGCCUGUCACCAGGCUACAAUCUGCUCUUUUCGCGUCGCCUCCCGCCAGCCCCCCAACAAGCUCGCACAGCAGCACGCUCGGGAACAUUUUCAGCUCAUGCAGAGCGCUCCAGUCAAUGCUUACAGUGCCCCCGACAACACCGUCAAACGAACACGUCGACACGCAUCGAGAUCCACUACCUACACCGCCAAUGGCCCACACUGCCCUUCCACCACUAAAACUGCGUCUUCGAUCGCGCAAAGCGGACACAAACGGGGAGGCCAUUCCGCGCAAGAAGGUCGUGAAGCGAUCUGCGGCUCCUCCUCGGGGCAUUAACAAACGAAGUCGCGCCAUUGAAGACGAUAUGGGUCGCGACGAUGAUAUUGACAGCGAUCUUGAGAUCGGCAGCCCGCAUAACAAAAGCCAGAAUCAGCAAACUGAGGAACUAUCAACUUUUCGACCCGCCACGCCAAAGCGCGCUCGCAUCGCGCCGGAAGUGAUCCCGCUCGGCCUAGACCGAAAUGACUUUCACACCUUACAUACCACCAAUGGGGGAAGGGAGACUGCAGUGGAAGGCACGGAAGUGGAGGUAGAGACUGACGGCGAACGGUGGAGCAAAGAAGACGACCGGAUAUUGGUCGAGCUCGUGUUGGAGAAACUCAAACUUUCUAAGACAGACUGGCAAGACUGCGCGCGGAGUCUCGGCAAAGACAGAAGUAGUAUAGGGCGACGGUGGAGGAGCCUGAUGAUAAAUGGGGAUGUCGGCCUCAAGUCGACGAGAAGUCGACGAAGCAAGAUACACAGCACCUGGAGGUGAAGUCCGCGUGCUCUAGUCAUUCAUUCACACACAUAUUUCUUUUCUAUCUAUUUUUAAGGAUCUCGUUGUCGAGUUCUAGUUGUACUUUGAACAGCAUUAGUUAUGGGGGAAUAGGAAGGGUUAGGCGCACGAGAGGACGGAUCUAUUGGAUGUGAUAUCCCAUAUCGCGCACAAUGCGCUUGAUACAUAGUUAGGGCGGUGGUAAUGUUUACCAGCAUUUGAAUAUCUACAACAGUUGAAACUA